AUGGCCGAGCGGUCCAAGGCGUGUGACUCAAGCGAAAGCUUGCCUGCUAAGCGGGUCUUCUCAUCUGAGUAUUCAGGCACGGGUUCGAAUCCCGUUCUUGUCAUUGUUUUGCUCCUUCCGACCAGCACUCUCGCGGGUCUUUCGUGGCCACUGCCGUGCCCGGAAGGAGUCCAAGCUCUGCCUCCACUCGCACAACGCGACCCUGCCAUUCGCAAGCCCACGACGUCCGAAUCAGGAUACCCGACAGCCCCGCCUCCUCCCAGGGCCGUCCGUGGGCGGGGCAUAGACGCACCUGCUGUGCGGAUUGCACGCAGCAAUGGGCCCUCGCUGCCGUUGAGCCUGGGCUCCGCCGGGACAGACGACCUCUCCUUUCCGGCUCGCGCUAUCCCGCCGGCGAGAUCGCUCUUCUGUACGCGAGGGGACCAGAUCGAGAAGGAGCUCACUGCAAGAGGGUAUCACAAGCGAGGUGCGUAUCCACACCACUCCGCUCGCGCAGUGCGCACCAUCUCUUCGUCAACUUCCCCCCUCAUCAGGCGCAAGUCCCAUCGGUUCACCCGCCCGCGAGUCGGAGCGCCGGAAUCACCCACAGAGCGCGCCCCAGCGUACCUACUGGACUCGGGACUCGUCGACGUGGAGAAGCUGGCGUUGGCACCGUCUCCGCAAGCCGACGCGUCGCGCGAAGAGCGCGCGCAGCGGCGGCGCGCCGUUCACUCCCAUUCGCAUGCCCAGUUCUCAGAGGCUGUGCGCCGCACGCUCGCUCAGCCGGAAGGCGCGUCUCCGGAGGGCAAGGAUCUGUCGCCGGAGCAGAGACGCGAGAUCGAGUAG